AUGGGCCAUGCUGGCAAGAAGCCCUUCUCCUGUUCAGAGUGCAACAAAACCUUUAGAAAAAGACAGCAGCUCACGCGACACCAGAGAACGCACACGGGGGAAAAGCCCUAUUCAUGUUCUGAGUGCGGAAAGUCUUUCACCCUCCGAAUGCACCUCAAAAGGCACCAUUUGGUCCACACUGGAGUGAAGCCCUUUCCUUGUCCUGAGUGUUGGAAGUCCUUCUCCACCAAAGCCAACCGUGACAAUCAUGUAAGAGUCCACACUGGCGAAAGGCCUUAUUCCUGCGCAAAUUGCUGUAAACGCUUUGCGCGGAGAGAGACGCUAGUUGUCCACCAAAGAAACCACUGUAAAAGUUCUAGAGGCCUUUCAAAAGCUGAAUAG